GUGUUGAGCAUGACACUGCAAACAGUAAGCUGUCUGCCACAGACACAGACCUGAUCGCCUCAAGACAACCAGUUUCUUUGGACACAAUGGCACCACCCAGCUCUCUAGCCAAGGCCAACACCAGCUUCUCCUUGGCUCUUCUCAGAAAGCUGAGUGAGGACAGCAAGACUGCAAACAUCUUCUUCUCUCCUUUCAGCAUCUCUUCAGCUCUGGCUAUGGUGAUGCUGGGAGCCAGAGGCAACACAGCCACUCAGAUAUCAGAGGUGAUAUUCACCUCUGAACAUGAAUCAGCUGAACAGAGAACGUAGAGGGACACAUACGUAGAUUUGUGAUUUUUUUUUUUUCCUCUUCAGUGCUUGAAAAUCCAGGAUUGUCAGGAUGAUGUCCACAGUCUGUUUGCCAAACUGCUGAGAGAUCUCAACCAGCCAGGAGGUCCGUUUGCUCUCAGUGUUGCCAACAGGCUGUAUGGAGAGCAGACCUACAGCUUUCUGCAGGAGUUUUUGACCCAAACCAGGACUCACUACAACUCAGAGCUGGAGUCUGUGGACUUCAGGACCAGGUGUAAGGAAGCCAGGGUCAAGAUCAACAGCUGGGUGGAGGAGCAGACCCAAGGGAAAAUCAGAGAUAUGGUGGCUGAGGACGCGGUGGACAACAUGACCAGGAUGGUCCUGGUUAAUGCCACCUACUUUAAAGCAACCUGGGAUCAACCAUUUCCAAAUACUUGGACUUAUAGGGGCAAGUUUAAACUCAACAAGAAUGAAACAAAACCAGUAGCGAUGAUGCAACACAUUUGGUCAUACCCCUUUGCUUCCGUUCCUGAAGUUAACUGUGAGAUCCUAGAGAAGCCUUAUAAAGGGAAGGAGUUUAGCAUGCUCAUCAUUUUACCUAAAAAUAUCGAAGACGAUACAACCGGUCUGGAGAAGCUGGAGAAACACCUGACAUAUGAGAAAUUCAUGGAGUGGACUCACCCAGAAAAGAUGGAAAUCUCUCGGCUGGAAGUGAUGCUGCCUCGAUUCAAGCUGGAGGAGGCGUAUGACCUGAAGGAAGUCCUGAGCAGCAUGGGCAUGAAGGACGCCUUUGAUGAGACAAAGUGUGACUUCUCUGGUAUGUCUAGCUGCAAGGACCUCUUUCUGUCUGAAGCCUCCCACAAGGCUUUUGUGCAGGUGAAUGAAGAGGGAACUGAAGCUGCUGCAUGUACUCGUCCGUAUGCGCAGAACCUUUGCUCCACACCUUCUUUUAUUGCAAACCAUCCCUUCCUCUUCUUCAUCCGCCAUAACCCCACCAUGAGCGUUCUCUUUGCUGGACGCUUCUGCUACCCUGUAGAAGAUCUGUCUCCUUCAGAGCAAUUGCUAGCAACGCUUCAACCUGCAUUCUUCACGUUCCCCAAGAUCUUUCGGUGGAUAACUCAAAGACCGUCAGACAGCAGGAUGGCAGCAGCAACUCCUCUGGCCUCAGCCAACACCAGCUUCUCUCUGGCUUUGCUCAAAAAGCUGGGGGACAUCGACAACACCGCAAAUGUCUUCUUCUCUCCUUUCAGCAUCUCCUCAGCCAUGGCCAUGGUGCUGCUGGGAGCCAGAGGCAACACGGCCUCACAGAUGUCAGAGGUUCUCUGCUUCACUAAGGCUGGUAAAGUGAUGCAGGAACAACAACCACAGCAGCAGCAGCAGCAGCAGAUGAUGCAGAUGCAACAGCAGGUCCAAUCCAAGCUGCCAGCAUAUCUCCUAAAGACCUUGAAAACAAUGGAUGUUCAGGAUGACAUCCACUCAAGCUUUGCCCAGCUGCUGAGCCAGCUCCACAAGGCAGAUGCUCCGUACGCCCUGAGUGUUGCCAACAGGCUCUACGGCGAGCAGUCCUACCAGUUUGUUCAGGAGUACCUUGGGAGCACUAGGAAGCACUACCAAGCAGAGCUGGAGACCGUGGACUUUGCCAAUAACUCUGAGGCGGCGAGGGUCAACAUCAACGGCUGGGUGGAGAAAAAGACUCAAGGGAAAAUUAAGGACAUCCUGGGUCAGGAUUCAUUGGACAAUAUGACCAAGUUGGUGCUGGUCAACGCAAUCUACUUCAAAGGCAACUGGGACAAGCAGUUUAAAGCGGACUCCACCCGCGACGCUCGGUUCAAGAUCAACCAGAAUGACACAAAGGAAGUGAAGAUGAUGUAUCAAAAGUCAAAGUUUCCCCUGACCUUCAUCUCUGACGUCAACUGCCAGAUCCUGGAGAUGCCAUACCAAGGGAAGGAGCUGAGCAUGCUCAUCUUUUUACCCAAGACACCAGAGGGUACGACUGGUCUGGAGAAGCUGGAGAAGGAGUUGACCUAUGAGAAGUUCAUGGAUUGGACCCGCCCAGACAUGAUGGAUCCUGUCGAGGUCAAGGUGGGCCUGCCUCGGUUCAAGAUGGAGGAGAAGUACAACAUGAAGAGCGUGUUGGUGAGCAUGGGCAUGAAGGACGCCUUCGACCCAGCCAAUAGUGACUUUUCCGGCAUGUCCCCGUCCAAUGACCUGUUUGUGUCAGAGGUUUACCACAAGGCCUUUGUGGAAGUCAACGAGGAGGGAACGGAGGCGGCCGCCUCCACCGCCGUCGUCAUGAUGAUGCGCUGCGCCAUGAUCCCUGCCACCUUCAUCGCGGACCACCCCUUCCUGUUCUUCAUCCGACACAACCCCUCCAUGAGCGUCCUCUUCGCCGGUCGCUACUGCUCACCUGUGUGAGAGCGACGUUUCUGAACAGGAGGGAGGUUACAGCACAGCUAAACCGGCAGUAAAAUGGGUUUGACUGAGUGCAGAGUGGGUUUAGAGCUGCCUCUUGCUGAUCCCAUCCCAGGUUUUCAUCCUGUAGAUUUGACACCAGUGCAUACAAGAUGGAUUUUAACUGCUUUUCUGUGUGCCUUACUAAAACGUUUGACCAAACAUCAUCCUAGUCAGGUUUAUUUAUCCAUGUAUGUAAUACCUGCAUGGCCCUGUUUGCUACAGCUGCUUUAUAUUACGUGUCCUUUUUGAGGACUUGGCCUUUUUUAUAAAACUGGCAUCAUAAACACAACUUGACCCCAUGGUUGCAACAUUCUUUGCACUUUAUCUUCACAAAAUUAUAUGAUUGUUUUACACUUGAGGCGAAACCAAAGAGAAGUGAGACUAUACAUGAGGAUUUUAUGGUGCUGAAUCCACAUCAUUGUAAUGCAUCCCUAAACUGUCACAAGAGGAAUAAAAGUAACUUGCAAUACA